AUGACUGCUACAGCCAUAUCAAUAAUUACUAUUAGUGACACUUGCUCAAAGGAUGCAUCUAGUGAUACAUCAGGCCCAACUCUUGUUCAACUAACUAGAGAAAUGUUUCCUCAAUCUUUAAUACGCACCACUGUAAUACCUGAUGAAAGAGAAGUUAUAGAAGCAAUGAUCAAAGAGUAUUGUGGAAUGGAUGUUGAUUUAAUUAUUACUACUGGAGGAACAGGUUUGAGUAGUAGAGAUGUAACACCAGAGGCAACGAAAGCAGUGAUAGAACGAGAAGUUCCAGCAAUAACCGUUGCUUUAACAACUGAAAGCCUUAAAAAGACUCCAAUGGCUAUGUUGUCUCGUUCAGUUGCCGGUAUAAGAGAUAAAACACUUAUAAUAAAUUUCCCAGGUAGUAAAAAGGCUGUGAUUGAAUGUUUUGAAAUUGUCCGGCCUAUACUAAACCAUGCAAUAGCAAUAAUUAAGAAUGAAAUUACUAAAGUGAAAUCUGUUCACAAUUCAAUGCAAUUAGAUCAUGUUUGUUCACAUAAAAAAUUUAGUAGCAAUGUUGAUCUGUCAAAGGUGGCUUUGAGACCUAGAGAAUCUCCAUAUCCCAUGCUACAGAUGGCUGAAGCAUUCAAAGUUAUAGAUUCUGUAAUGAAAGAGUGGGAGAAAUCUUUAGAACAAGUUAAAAUUGAAGACAGUAUGGGUUGCAUUGUUGGUGAACCUUUAUUUGCUAAAGAACCUAUGCCACCUUUUCCUGCUUCUAUUAAGGAUGGUUACGCAUGUCUAAGUUCUGACGGAGCUGGUGUGAGACGCGUUCGUACCGUAGUGAGGGCAGGCGAAACAUCCGAAGCGCCACUAGAACCUGGUGAAUGCGUCCGUAUCAAUACCGGAGCUCCACUGCCUCCCGGUGCCGAUUGCGUAGUACAGGUUGAGGAUACAAAGCUCAUUUCCGCUUCGCCGGAUAAUAAAACUGAGUUAGAAGUAGAAAUCAUUAAAGCACCAAAAGCGCAGCAAGAUGUGCGCCCGAUCGGUUUUGAUGUAGCUUUAGGUGCUGAACUCGUUGGUGAAGGUGCGGUCGUAGAUGCUGCGGUUAUCGGCAUAUUGGCUGGAGCGGGAUAUCAGCAUGUGAGAGUCAGAACAAAACCUACGGUGGCAAUAUUAUCAACGGGGAACGAGCUACAGGACCCUUCUGAGGCGACUUUGAAACCGGCGCAUAUUCGCGAUUCUAAUCAGAUGAUGCUAAAGGCGCUUCUCAAAGAGAACGGCUAUCCCAGCGUGUGUAUGGGCGUUGCUCGGGACGAGGCGAGCGAGUUGGCGACGAGCCUGUCCGACGCGUUCAAACGCGCGGAUGUGGUCGUCUGCACGGGGGGCGUGUCAAUGGGCGAGAAGGACCUUCUUAAGCCCGUACUGCUUCAGGACUUUGGGGCGACACUUCAUUUCGGACGAGUGUGCAUGAAGCCCGGCAAGCCGAGCACAUUUGCUAGUUGCCAGUUUCAAGGAAGGACGAAGUACAUAUUUGCUUUGCCCGGCAACCCAGUGUCGGCGUAUGUGUGUUGCCUGCUAUUUGUGAUACGAGCGCUGCGUAUUUGUGAAGGUCGUAGAAGCGAUUUCCCGCGCAUGCGCGUGCGUCUUAACAAUUCCUUCCCAUUGGACCCGCGACCGGAGUAUGUGAGAGCAGUGCUGAGAUUUACUGAAGACGACCUACCUCAUGCUGAAGUUCUUGGUAACCAGUGCAGCAGUCGAUUGCUUAGUGCUUGCGGGGCCAGCGUUCUCUUAGAACUACCUCCUGCCAGUGACAACCUAGAUUGCCUCCCUGCUGGGCAUGUGUUGCCAGCUAUUAUCACUGGACGUUUGGAACAUUAA